AGAUCUUUGUGCUUGCUAGCAAGCCAAAAACUUCAUCAUGGGAACCGGAAAGAAGGAAGCCGCCCGGCGCGUGCGCCAGGGCAAGACUGGAGAUGGGAUGGGAAAUGUUCGCGUCAAGGGCGAGAACUUCUAUCGCGAUGCGAAGAAGGUGAAGCUCGCGAACAUGUACAAGGAUGGCAAGGCUCAGAGAGACGCGGACGGGAAAAUCACAAAGGCUGCGAGCUUCCAGUCAAGAGACAUCCCCAACGCCCGAAUCGAGCCAAACCGCAAGUGGUUCACCAACACUCGCGUCGUCUCCCAGGACACUCUCACAGCCUUCCGCGAGGCCAUGGCUGAAAAGGCCAAGGACCCUUACCAGGUUCUGCUCAAGUCAAAUAAGCUUCCCAUGAGUCUCAUCCACGACGGAGGCAAGGACAACAACACCACCAAUGGCAUCAAGCAGCACAAGGCCAAGAUGACGAUUGAGACGUCGCCGUUUGCGGGUGUCUUUGGCCCCAAGGCCCAGCGCAAGCGUGUCAAGCUUUCUGUCAGCACUGUUGAUGACCUUGCUGAUGACACCGAGAAGAGCAUGGAGACUUAUGAAGAGCGCCUGGAGCACAACAGGCUUCUGAGUGGAAAUGGCGAGGAGCCCGAGUCACUUACUAUGGCUAUCGAACCUGUGUUUGAUAAGGGCCAGAGUAAGCGUAUUUGGAACGAGCUCUACAAGGUCAUUGACUCUUCGGAUGUGGUCAUUCACGUUCUUGACGCCAGAGAUCCUAUUGGAACUCGAUGCAAGAGUGUUGAGAAGUACCUCAAGGAAGAGGCACCUCACAAGCACCUCAUCUUUGUCCUCAACAAGUGUGACUUGGUUCCCACAAGCGUUGCUGCCGCCUGGGUACGAGCUCUCUCCAAAGAGGUUCCCACGCUUGCUUUCCACGCAAGCAUCAACAACUCGUUCGGAAAAGGAUCUUUGAUCCAGCUACUGAGACAGUUCUCUGCUCUUCACACGGACAGGAAACAGAUUUCUGUCGGUCUGAUUGGUGGCCCCAACACGGGAAAGUCUUCCAUCAUCAACACUCUGUCCAAGAAGAAAGUCUGCACCGUGGCCCCUAUUCCUGGUGAGACUAAGGUGUGGCAAUACGUAAGCUUAAUGAAGCGUAUCUACCUUAUCGACUGCCCCGGUAUUGUGCCUCCCUCUGGCACUGAUACGCCAACCGAUCUCGUCCUACGAGGCGUGGCGCGUGUCGAAAAGGUGGAGCACCCAGCGCAAUACAUCGAUGCUCUACUGAGCCGUGUCAAGCAAAACCAUAUGGAGAAGACAUAUGACAUCAGGGGAUGGCGAAACGGAACAGAGCUUCUUGAGCUACUUGCUCGGAAAGGAGGCCGUCUACUCCGCGGAGGAGAGCCUGACCUGGAUGGCGUAGCGAAAAUGGUGCUAAACGAUUUCAUGAGGGGCAGAAUCCCCUGGUUCACCCCAGCUCCUAAACUGAGUGAAGAGGAUGAGGAAGAGGGAAGUGGCAAUGUCAAUGGCCGCCGCGGCAAACUGGGUGAGAUGCCCCGGAAGCGACCCGCUUCCGAGACAUUGGAUGACGCUGAAGAAGCCAACGCCGAAGUCCCCGGAAAGGAAGCUGACGGGGACGAGUCCUCGGACAGUGAGUUUGAGGGGUUGGGCAGCGACACUGAAGAGGCCUUGUCAAGAAAACCUUCUUUUGGUGCUACCAGUGGAGCUCAAAGCGAUGCUGAGAGCAACUCUGACGAUGUCUUGUCCGUUAACGACCUGAGCGAUGACGAAGCUUCCAAGGAAGCUACUCCCGUUACCCAAAUCUCAUCUGACAAGCCUGGUCGCUCCAACAAGCGACAGCGUCGUUGAACAAGAGACAGGAGAUGCAACUUCAUUGAAACCGCCUUUGAGAAUAGCAGUUUGGAAUCUCAAACAAAUUCGAAUGAUGCAAUAAGCACGCUAUUCUUAGAAGAGACUGUCUAUACCCUUGCUCCAUCUUUGCGGCAUAUGGGCUCCAUUGCGAGAAAAAACAUUGUCCUGGCAUCAAGAACACCAUUAGCCGCGAUAAGCUGUUAGCUAAGAUCAGCACAUUUUAGGAUAUGUCGCCUAGGCCUUGCAAAAAGGCCCGCGAUAUCCGAGCUGGCAAUGUUCUGAACAAACAAGCAUUGACCAGUUUAAAGCAAUCGAUCACACACCAAUCGCGAUGUCAGUUUGCGUGCGGUGUAUUCUAAGUGGCCCUGCCUGCCAUGUGGAUUGAAGGAGCUUUGUACAGAAACGGAAAGCUCUAGAUGGAUGCCAGAGUGCAGGGAUCUAUGCAGUGUGUGCUCCUUGGAGACGUCAUUGGGAUGUGCCAAGCUUUGGUGAAGCAACCCUUUACAGCUUUGCGAAGAGGCUUGGAGGAUUCGAUCCGUGAGCUGUGUUCCGUGAUCGCUCUAAGCAGCUAGGUCGGUCCCCGAGCUCAUCGUCUUGUCCAAAUCGGCUACUCAUGAUGAGAGAAACGCCGGAGUCGAGAUGGCCCCGCAAGAACGCGCUGAUCAAUCACGAUCACGAUCGCUCGGAUGGGCAGGAAAGUAAAUAGGCAUCUUUCAGCAUCAAGGUCACAACUGUCUGACACGGCGGACCUGACUUAGACAAGUCGAAAUAAUACCCACCAAUGAAUUAAUGUUACCAACUUG